AUGACCGUGCAAGGCAUGAAGGAGGUGGAAGCCUCGAAAUUCAUCAAAGAAAAACUUGAUCAGAUCGACUUGCCCAUCCCCCUGGUGGCGGACGUCCACUUCCAGCCGCGCGUCGGGCUCGCCGCGGCGGAGAUCUUCGACAAAGUCCGCGUCAAUCCGGGGAACUUCGCGGACGGAGCCAAGAAGUGGGAUGACGACGCGCAGACGGAGCGCACCGGCGCCGAGGACGGCGACCCAGCGCAGAAAGACCGCGAAGACAGACGCUUCGACGAUGGGCACAAGCGCAUCGAAGAGCUCCUCGUCCCCCUCAUUGAACGCUGCAAGACGUUCAACACAGCUCUGCGGAUCGGCACGAAUCACGGUUCGCUCUCCGCGCGCAUCCUGCGGCGGUACGGUGACACGCCGCUCGGAAUGGUGGAGUCUGCUUUCGAGUUCGCGGACAUUUGCACGCGCGAGAACUUCCGGAAUUUCUGCUUUUCGAUGAAGUCUUCCAACCCGAUCGUCAUGGUGAAUGCGUAUCGACUGCUCGCCAGCGAGAUGCUGCGCCGCGGCGAGCUCUUCCCGCUGCACCUAGGCGUCACGGAAGCCGGCGAAGGCGAAGACGGUCGCCUCAAGUCCGCUGUUGGGAUCGGGUCGCUGCUGCAGGACGGCAUCGGCGACACGCUCCGCGUCUCUCUGACAGAGCCGCCGUGGAUGGAAAUCCCCGUCGCGGCCUCGAUCGCGCGCAUGCAGACUCGAAAAGCCGCCUCGCCGCAGCCUGCCGGCGCGAGGAGGGAGAGCCCAGGCACCCAGGAGACGCCGCACGCGAACAAACAAGGCGCGGAGAGGCUCCCUACGCGCGAGGGCGACAGAGAGGGGGAUGGUUGCAGCCCACUGUCUGCACAGGCGGGCGGCGCAGGAGAGAGGUCCGAGGGCGCCGAGGGCGAGCAGCGGCGGAGCGACGAAGAGAGGAACGUGAGCGGCGAAAUUGCCAGCAACGCGCCCUUCCGCGCAGGGUCCCUGCGGUCACCAGUGCCGCUGUUCAAGGAGGAAACGCGGAACUUCGAAAGCAUCGAAAAAAGGAAGCUUCGCCCGCUGUUUUGCGCGAGGCGAGCACACGGAGAGAAGAGCGACGAGACAGGAAAGGAGCGACAACGUAUUCUGCACGAAAACGGGACGGUCAUGGUCGCUGUCAGUCCCGAGUGGCUCGAGAUCCCGGAAGUGCUUUACAGAGCGCUUGGCUGCAAAGUCGUUGGCGGCGAGCCUCUGAAGGGUAUCACAGCGGCUGACUCGAUCUACGUCCCCUCGCUUUCGCUCGCCUCGUCCUCACCUCAGUCUCCACAGGACGCCGACUUGCUCCUUGCACGCACUGCGCGGGCGCGCGACGCGCUGGCGAAGCUUCAAGAGGCCGGCGUCGGCGUACUCGUUCCCUUCCAAGAACUUUCCUACUUGCUGAUGCUCCAGCGGCAACAGGAAGUCACACAGAAGCUCCGCGCAGGCAGCGCUGGCAGCGAGAGCCCCACGCUGGAUGCGGAGGCGUCGCGGGAGAAGCGCGUCCUCGAGACCUCGCUGCUGCCCUCACGCAAAAACCUGGUCGGCGUCAUGCGCCUCCGAGACGCGGCGGCUGUGCGCGGCGUCCUCUCGCCUUAUAUUCGGGAGAGAAUCGAGGGCGUCGCGCUGCUCGUGGACGGCCAGGAGACGGAAGAAGAAAUCGACGCAGUGCUCGACAUGGAGUCGCUGCUGUUCUUCUUGCUUCGUCCCGAAGACCGGACUUUACAAGGCGUGCCUGCUGCACGCCGCUUUUUAGACAUCUUGAAGCGCCGAGAAGCGAAGGCGGCGCAGAAAGCGCGAGAGGCAAAAGCGAAGUCGCUGGCUUCCGCCGAUGCAGCAAAGGAAGACCGCGAAGACGUCGGAGGAAUCCCAGUCAUUCACUGGCUAUAUCGCUCCCCACCCUCUGGCGUCGCGGAGAAGGAGGCAAGCCCCGAGGGACAGGACGAGGAGGUAAGCAGCUCGAGAGAAUUCAAAGAGGAACGCGAGAGCGCGAUCUACGCAGGGUGGGAGGCCGGGAGCCUCCUCCUUGACCGGCUUGGAGAAGGCGUGCUGGUCGACUUGCCGGCGCUCCCCGUGCAGCGGCAAGUUCUCCUGGGCUUCAAUCUCCUGCAGGCCUGCCGCCUCAGGAACUCCAAGACGGAGUUCAUCUCGUGCCCCUCUUGCGGGCGCACCUUGUUCGAUAUCCAGAAAGUUUCAGCGGAGAUUCGCGCGCGCACGGGUCACCUGCCUGGAGUCACCGUCGCCGUGAUGGGCUGCAUCGUCAACGGCGUCGGCGAAAUGGCUGAUGCAGACUUUGGCUACGUCGGCGGCGCACCCGGGAAGGUCGACUUGUACGUAAAGAAGAAAGUCGUGAAGCGAGGCAUUCCGGGCUCCGAAGCGUGUGAUGCACUCGUCGAGCUGAUCAAGCAGCACGGGAAGUGGGUCGACCCUCCCACGGAAGGCUCAGAGAAAGAGACCGCAAAACAGAAAAGAACGUAA